CAGAUUAGGUUCAGUUGUCGUUCCGAAUUCUACCGGUGUGGUGGUCCAACUUUCCUGCGUUCUGUGUUCUACUCAAAGUGUGAUCAAGUUCAAGUGCGUCUCCUAGUCGGUUGUUUUUAGAGGGAGGAAGUGCGAGUGACGAUGAAGCUGAUCGCUCUCGGAUUGAUCCUAGCCGGGCUUGCCGUAAUCGGCCAUGGCCAAACGUCGACAUCGAAGGUUCUGUGCUAUUACGACGGGGGCAACUUCCUGAUCGAAGGUCUGGCAAAAGUCGGCCUGGCUGACAUCGAAACGGCGCUGCCAUUCUGUACCCAUCUAAUCUACGGCUAUGCGGCCAUCGAUCCGGAUUCGAACAAAGCCGUCUCCCGCAAUCCGAAUCUGGAUUUGGACACCGGCAAGGGUUACUACCGGCAGGUGACCCAGCUGAAGCGAAAAUAUCCGGCACUCAAAGUCCUACUCGGAAUCGGUGGCUAUCGAUUUGCGGCACCUUCACCCAAAUAUUUGGACCUGCUCGAAUCCGGAGCCGCUCGGAUUACCUUCAUCAACAGUGUGUAUAGCAUUGUGAAGACCUACGAGUUCGACGGAAUCGAUCUGGCAUGGCAGUGGCCUCAGAACAAACCGGUCAAGAAGCACUCGACCGCCGGCAAACUCUGGAAGGGAUUCAAGAAAGUAUUCUCCGGCGAUAGCGUCCUGGACGAGAAGGCCGAUGAACAUCGGGAAGAGUUCACCGCACUGCUGCGGGAGAUGAAGAAUGCCUUCCGGUCGGACAACUAUCAGCUCGGAAUCACUGUGCUGCCACAUGUCAACACCAGCACCUUCUUCGACAUCCCAGCUAUCAUCAACUAUCUGGACUUUGUAAACAUUGGAGCUUACGAUAUGCAGACACCGGAGCGCAAUCCCAAAGAAGCUGACUACGCUGCGCCGAUUCAAGAGCUCAACGAGCGUGUUCCCGGAAACAAUGUUGAUGGGUUGGUGAAGCUAUGGCUCGGAGCCAACGCGCCCUCGUCCAAGCUUAUCGUAACGAUUCCGACUCAUGGUCGCGGUUGGAAGCUGAACUCGGACUCCGGCAUCACCGGAACGCCUCCCCUGGUAGCUGAUGGAGCUGGUCCGGCGGGACCUUACCUGCAGCAGGAAGGCUACUACAGCUGGGCCGAAACUUGCCAGAAGCUACCGAACCCAGCCAACUCCGGCCUCAAGGGAGCUGAUGCCCCGCUACGCAAGGUUGGCGAUCCGACCAAACGAUUCGGACCAUAUGCCUUCCGGAUGCCCGACAGCAAUGGGGAACAUGGUUUGUGGAUUUCCUACGAAGAUCCGGAUUCGGCCUCUAACAAGGCUGGCUACGUGAAGCAGAAGAACCUCGGAGGUAUUGCCAUCAGUGAACUGUCCUUCGACGACUUCCGGGGAAGCUGCGCCAACGAAAAGUUCCCGAUUCUGCGGGCUGCCAAAUAUCGGCUGUAAAAAUGCAGUUUCCGGGAAACUUGCAUGUGUUUUUUAAUACUUGAUAAGCGUGUGUUAAAAGAUAAAAUAUAACCAUGUGAAUAUGGAAACCUGUUUUGAGAAA